AUGGUGCUGCCCUCCCUGGUCAGCCUGGCCACCCACUGCCGGCUCGGGAACGUGCGCGCCGGCAUGGCGCUUCCGCUGUCUCUGGGCUCGGCGGCGGGCGCACUGGUGGGCGGCAGCGUGGCGACGCAGGCGCCAGAGGAGCCGCUGCAGUGGCUGUUUUCGGCGGUGCUCGUGGCGAUCGGCUCCCAGAAGCUGUGGGCCCUCCGCGGCAGGCCAGGCCCGCGGCGCGGCACUGCCUGCGGAGCACCCCGCUGCGCUGCGUGCGGACAGCGCCAGGGGGCGGGCAGCGCCAAGGCGGUCACCCUGCUCCUCGAGUUGUGA